AAACAAGUGUGCACGUAAACAAAACAACGUUCGCUAUUUCGGAAUGCGCAUUCUAUUUUUUAAAACUACAAAUCCGUUUAUUCAUUGUAAAAUAAAAAGUUUCUAAUGACUGUGGCCAACCAAGAAAGUAACUCGAGGACGGAAGUUAAUUUUCGCCGUCUGCUGUAUCGCUGUGAGAUGAUGGCAAAGGAAACUCAAGGAAACUAUGAGUGGAGAUUUGAAAAAUAUGUCUUGCAUUUGGUUGAACUUCUUGGUCAGUUGAAGAAGAUAACUACAAACCAACCUAGGCAUGAAGAUUUAAUUGAUUAUGCAAGAAGGGUCGAACUCCUUAAAGGAUUAAUUGAAAUAGAAAAACUGCCUUCCACCAGACUAAAGGCAAUAGCUGUCGAGCAACUGGUGCCCAGCAGGAACCACGAUAAUGCAGAUGCUAACGACUUGAAUGAUUCAAAGGUUCCAAAGGCCACCCUCAGUCAUCAGUUGCACAUCAAGUCAAAAUCGAAAUGUUUGCAAGAGAUGAAAGCUGAUUUGUUAGGCACUAAAUCUCUCUCAACACUCGCAUCAUUGCGUCAGCGUCAGCUUCCAGCGUCAAUUCGAGUGACGUCAGCAGACGGCGAUGACGAUGCAGUUCUCAAACACCAUGAGAACCUGCAGGCCAAACUGACGGAAGAGAUGACAGGCUUUGCUAGAAACCUCAAAGAGAAUGCAUCCAUCUCUGGCAGGGUCGUUCGAACUGACACCGAACAACUGUUGACCUCUGAUGGUCUGGCAGACGACAACGUGAGCAAGUUGAAGGUCGAAUGUGACAGCCUGGACGCAAAACAUCAAGAAAGA